CAGAAAUGUACCGAGUGAGUUAGCGGUCGGUUACUGGUUUUGUUCUCGUCCAAAAGAUCGAAAUCCACUGGUAAACGGAAGCGCUCUCUUUUGAACACACACAAGCACACGAAGCUGUGGACGAGGAGGAACGAGGGCCCGUCAUGUCCCAAUCGCAGCGGUUUUUGGUCACCGCUGUUCAGAGCCGGGUAGACGAGCAUGAAACUGACGAGAUGAGGAACAAGGACCGUAACUGCACCAGUGCCACGCAGGAGGAAAGCUCCGUGCCCAUACUGGAGUACCUCCGGGAACCUAAUAGAUACGGAGAUGGCGUUCCCAAAGAAAGCAGCCCUUUUAUCAACAGCACAGAUAUUGACAAAGGAACCCUAUAUGAAGGGAAGAACUUGGCACUUUUCGAGGAGGAAAUGGAUAGGAAUCCAAUGGUCUCCUCCCUGCUUAACAGACUGGCAAACUAUACCAAUCUCACUCAGGGAGUCCGAGAACACGAGGAAGCAGAAAACAAUGAAGAGCAGAAAAAGAAGGAAAUUAAGGCUCCUCGAAUGGGUACUUUUAUAGGUGUCUAUCUACCAUGUCUACAGAAUAUUCUGGGAGUUAUCUUGUUUCUGCGCUUGACAUGGAUUGUGGGUGCUGCAGGAAUCUUUGGAUCUUUCUGGAUUGUCUUCAUGUGCUGUACUUGUACCUUGCUAACCGCAAUAUCGAUGAGUGCCAUAGCAACAAAUGGUGUGGUGCCAGCUGGAGGGUCCUACUAUAUGAUUUCAAGGUCCCUGGGUCCAGAGUUUGGAGGGGCUGUGGGCCUGUGCUUUUAUCUGGGAACAACAUUUGCUGGGGCCAUGUACAUCCUGGGAACAAUUGAGAUCCUGCUGACCUACAUUGUUCCAAGUGCAGCUAUAUUCAAAGCAGAAGAUCCCAGUCAAGAAACCCAGGCCAUGCUGAAUAACAUGAGAGUUUAUGGCACGUGUACAAUCGCUCUGAUGGCCACAGUGGUAUUUGUAGGAGUCAAGUACGUCAACAAACUGGCUCUUGUUUUCCUGGCCUGCGUCAUCCUUUCCAUCUUCUCUAUCUAUGCAGGGGUCAUCAAAAGUGGCUUCAGCCCGCCAGACUUUCCCCUCUGUCUGCUUGGAAACAGGACGUUAGCUUUGAAAACCUUUGACAAGUGUGCAAAGAUUAUAACUGAAGGAAAUCAGACAGUGACAUCUAAGCUCUGGCAGCUUUUCUGUGACGGGUCCUCUCUCAAUGCUACUUGCAAUGAAUACUUCAAACUCAACAAUGUCACAAAGAUUCAAGGGAUACCUGGGAUUGCUAGCAAAGUAAUAUAUGACAAUAUUUGGAGUCAUUAUGGAUCCCAUGGAGAAAUGCUGGAAAAACCAGGACUGCCAUCUAUACCUGCCGCAGAAGCUGAAGCAAAUACAGGGCUGCCAUAUGUGUUCAGUGACAUAGCGACCUACUUCACCAUGCUUGUUGGCAUCUAUUUCCCCUCUGUGACAGGUAUCAUGGCAGGUUCAAAUAGGUCUGGAGACCUCAAAGAUGCACAGAAAUCCAUCCCUACUGGAACAUUACUAGCAAUUAUUACAACUUCUUUCAUUUAUUUGUCAUGCAUUAUCUUGUUUGGUGCUUGCAUUGAAGGUGUCCUUUUGAGGGACAAGUUUGGCGAGUCUGUAAAUGGCAACCUUGUAAUUGGGAUUCUGGCUUGGCCUUCUCCCUGGGUUAUAGUGAUUGGUUCUUUCUUCUCAACAUGUGGUGCUGGUCUCCAGAGUCUCACUGGGGCCCCUCGUUUAAUGCAGGCUAUUGCCCGCGAUGGCAUAGUUCCCUUCCUACGGGUCUUUGGCCAUGGAAAAGCUAACGGUGAACCAACGUGGGCCCUCCUUCUCACUGCUGGUAUUUGCGAAAUUGGGAUUUUGAUUGCAUCCCUUGAUAGUGUGGCUCCCAUUCUUUCCAUGUUCUUCUUGAUGUGCUACUUGUUUGUGAACCUGGCAUGUGCUUUACAAACACUCUUGAGGACACCCAAUUGGAGACCACGGUUCAAGUAUUAUCACUGGACUUUGUCUUUCCUGGGUAUGAGCUUGUGUCUUGCCUUGAUGUUCAUCUCUUCCUGGUAUUAUGCAUUGGUUGCCAUGUUGAUAGCGGGAUGCAUCUACAAGUACAUUGAAUAUCGAGGAGCUGAGAAAGAAUGGGGUGAUGGGAUCAGGGGACUGUCUCUAAAUGCAGCUCGAUAUGCUUUGCUCCGAUUGGAAGAUGGUCCAACUCACACUAAGAAUUGGAGACCCCAACUGUUGAUUUUGCUCAACCUUGACCAAGAACAGAAUGUAAAGCAUCCUCGACUGCUGUCAUUUACCACACAGCUCAAAGCUGGCAAGGGAUUGACCAUAGUUGGCUCAGUGCUGGAAGGUACAUUCCUGGAGAGACACUCAGAUGUGCAGAAUGCCGAACAGAAUAUUAAGGCUUUGAUGGGAGUGGAGAAGACCAAAGGCUUCUGCCAAGUGGUGGUAUCAUCCAACCGGCGAGAUGGAGUAUCCCACUUGAUCCAGUCCUCCGGAUUGGGAGGAAUGAAACACAACACUGUGCUGGUGGCGUGGCCAGAAUUAUGGAGACAAACAGAUGGCCCAGGAGGCUGGAAAGGCUUUGUUGACUUGGUGCGUGAAACAACAGCUGCUCACCAAGCGCUGCUGGUGACGAAGAACAUAGAUAAGUUUCCAGUAAAUCAGGAGCGUUUUGCAGGAGGUACCAUCGACGUCUGGUGGAUUGUACAUGAUGGGGGAUUGCUUAUGUUGCUGCCAUUUCUCCUCAGCCAACACAAGGUGUGGAGGAAGUGCAAGAUGCGCAUUUUCACCGUUGCCCAGAUUGACGACAAUAGCAUCCAGAUGAAAAAGGACCUGCAGUUAUUCCUCUAUCAGCUCCGUCUUGAUGCUGAGGUAGAGGUAGUGGAAAUGCUCGACAAUGAUAUCUCAGCCUUCACCUAUGAGCGGACCCUCGUAAUGGAGCAGAGAUCCCAGAUGCUGAAACAAAUGCAUCUCUCUCGGAAUGAGAGAGAACGAGAGAUUCAGAGCAUUACUGAUGAGUCUCGUCGUGCUACGUUAAGGAAGAAUUCUGCUCGUCCAUCUGUGGAAUUCCCGCCCAUGGACCUUGAUGAUGUUCCUAAAGAAGAGGCCCAACUGAUGCAUGACAGGAACACAACUGCUCACUGCUCUGGGACUGACAGGCUUACAGUUCCUUCAGAAAGAGUGCACAUGACCUGGACUAAAGAGAAAAUCACAGCAGAAAAGAACAAAAAUAAAGAAAUGGUAUCAUCAGAAGGUUUGAGGGAUGUCUUUAACAUGAAACCCGAAUGGGGAAGUCUGAAUCAGUCCAAUGUUCGGCGGAUGCAUACUGCAGUGAGACUCAAUGAAGUUGUUGUAAACAAAUCCCAGGAUGCCAGACUUGUGUUACUGAACAUGCCUGGUCCUCCUAGAAACAGACAAGGGGAUGAAAACUAUAUGGAGUUCCUGGAGGUGCUGACUGAGGGCUUGAACCGAGUGCUGAUGGUGCGAGGUGGUGGCAGUGAAGUGAUCACCAUUUACUCCUAGACCUACAACCCAAUAGCUUAGCUUGAAGCAUAUUUACCAAAUGGUGCCAACAAAUUUCAUCAGUGACAUGGGAACAGGGAGCUUUUGUAUUUCAUCUGCUGCUGGUAUUUUUGGUAAUGACAGAAGACAAGAGCAUCCUGACAGUUAAGAGACUCCAUGGGUGUUCUUUCCCAUGACUCCAGAUGACUGGAAUCAUUGCUGCACUUUCCUUAAUGAAAGCAAAAAACUUGCACUCAAAGCUUGUUUUAUGUUUUCAUUUCACUCUCUGAACAGUUCUUUAUAAAUUCUGUAAUCGAAAUGUGUACCACUGUCAAUAAUGCUGGUGUGUUAAAUGGUGCAAGUAGAGAAUGGUUAUGCCUCUGCUUUCUGCAGAAAUAGACUGGUCAAAACGGAAUGGAAUGAGAAGGAUGGACUAUUUUGAGGGAAGAAUUAUUCAUUCUGCCUGUGUUUUGGUUUUGUUAUAUAAACAAGUGUGCAAUCCUUAUUUUGUGUAUUCUCAAGUCAUCCGUAGUUUGGCUGAAGAAGCAGACUUGAUGUGCAGGCAGCCUCUAUCCAGGCACUUGCUAAUAUUGACCACCAGGAGGCCCUCCUGCUCUUUUUAUUCCAAGUGACUUUGGAUGUAUCACCUCCAUUCAGAAGUGGUUCGAUAAAAAUGGGGAAAAAUGAAAGGCCUGUCUGAUCUUAAGCAGGUCUACCAUGCUGAUUGUGGGCACUCACUAAGAUUUUGUGACACAUCACUCUUAUUUCUUUUAAAGUUUGUCUAAUUAGUUGCAGUAGGAUAGGUUUAAUCUUUUGCAGAUUAACUGAGUUUUAAUUUUAGGAAUGUGCUAUAUAUUUUGUCAGAUACAUUUUCUACAAGUGAAAAAAACAGCAUCAAGAUAAAGAAUUUGUGUAUUUAACAAUACAGUUAGGAGCGCUGCUUCUGCUUCUUAAUCAAGAUUUUAACUUAUUACUUUUUGGCCAUAGGGAGCAAUGCCUUGGGUAUUUACCCACCUUAGAAUGAAUGUAGGCAAAUGUCUCUUAUUUAAGCAGCUCUCAUUUAGUGUGUGCAUUCAUACUUCCAAGGCUUUUCCUCAUUUUACAACUAAUGUUUUAUGAACAACUGAAUAUUAAGUUAACAUAAUCUUCAAAAUUCCCUGCUAAAUUUUCAUUAACAAAUGACCAAUAAAUGUAUUGCCUUCUGUUUCCCAGUUCUGAGCCCACACAUUCAUUGUGUAAUUUUUGUACGCAGCCAUACCAAUUCUGACACACUCCGCCAGUGACCAUAUUGACUUGCAUAAGUUAUCAACUGGAAGCAGUGGGUUUUACUGUAGAAGUUUCAGGCCUUCCUUUUUUUGUAGGUUUUCUACAUCAAUUCAUUUCAGUGUAAGAGAGCUGCAGGAUUACCUGGUCACUGAUUUAAUUAUGAUAACAGUUGUAUAAGCCAUCACAAACAUGGAUUAGACACGAAAGCUGACAUUUCAAAAUUGGCCUUUGCUAAAACUUCUGAAGACUCAGUCUCCAACUUGCCCACCAUACCUGUUGAACAGGCAUCCUCCUCAUGGGAAAUUGCACAAGUCAGAGACUGAAAUGUAUUUGUUGUUGCAUUGUGUAGCAUCUUGCCUUUUGUAGUUGUGUGUUUCAUGAGUUUAAAUUCCGUACUAUGAACUUUUGUUCAAAAUGUGUAAAAUUUGUAUUCUCAAAGCUUCUUGCUCCUGGUUGUGAGCUUUUUCAACUGAAUUUUCCAAGCAGUGCUCCACCUUCUAAAGAGAUCAGCAAGGUGGUUCCAAUAAUUAUAACUGUCAAUUUCCAGCAGUUACCAUAAGGAAUGAACCCAAGGUAGAAUUAGUCAACUAUAAACAUUUGUCAUGCUCAUUUGAAUAUAUCUUAUAGUGGAUAUAACUCUGUGCACUGUUUAUUAAGAUCACUGCUCAGCUAUGCACUCUGAUCUGCUGCGGGUUUGGAAGCAACUUCCUCCUCUGACACUCUUGAUGCCUUUGUUCUUUUUUUCAAGCAAAGUCCUAGUUCCCCCAAUACAGCAGUUUUACCUCAAUAAGAUAAGGAGGACCUCUUGUCACUGUCCUUUCAGUAGGAGGGAUGAAAGUGUGGGCCUUCGUAUUAGCCCCCAAAUAGCAGUCUUCCUCAAACUAAUAAGUUGCAGAGAGUCUGUCAUUCAUGUGUGAUUCAGAAGGUAUUAUCUGUGCCUGAAUAAAUUUGGAAUAUGGGAAUUUGGGUCCUGAGGAGCAGCAAAAACAUUGAACAGAAGUGGAUUUGCCCUGACCCAAGCAUGAUGUUAUAUGUAUCCUUGGGGUGAGAUUGCAUAUCUGAAAUACCUUUUGGUUUAGCUCUGCACACUUGGAACCAGUACUGUAGAAUUCCAGGUUAAAACCAAACUGCACAAAUGCUGUGAAAUUGCUCUUUUUCUCAAAUUUGAAAAUCACAAGCAGUAGCUGCACCAUUUGAUUAUUAUAUUGUAGUUAUCUUUUGUUUUCAUACUGGUUAUGGUGGAUAACUAUCGUGGGUUAUCUUUUACUUUUCACAUUUCUUUUUACUUGUGAAUAAGUUUUUUUUGAAAACUGGGAUUUACACUGGAAAAAAACUUCAAUAAAAAGAGUAAUUUGCUUUCAGGAGGUUUUGCCCCACUAUGUUCUUGGAGGAGGGUGAUGUGAGAGGAACAAGAUUUCUUAAAAACUGGAAUAGAUGAAAAUAAAACUUAAAAUUUGUUCCUUUUUUAUACAAAUUACAAAAUGUGUAUUUAACAACUUGACAUUUGUAAAUAUGAAAUUGCUGGCCUUUUCAAUCACUACCAUUCAUGAAUGAUGGUAAAAGACAAUAUGUAAUAUAUCCAGUUGAAACUAUU